AUGCCACAGUUUUACUCAUAUGAUAGCAGUGUUCAAGCAUCAGUCUCUGUGGAUUCAUUUCUUGAUGAGUUGUUAAGAAAUGCCCAAACAUGUACUCACACACACACUUGCAACCCUCCUGGCCCUGAUGCUGCACAUACUCACACAUGUUACCAUACUCAUACCCAAGUCAUUCCAUCUGAGAGAGUAGAAAAUCCUAGUGAGAAAGUAGAUGGUCCUUGUGAUAGUAGAAAGUCAACAUCAAAGACUAGGAGGUCUUCUGGAAAUAGAGAAUCUGUUAGGAAAUAUAGGGAGAAGAAAAAGGCGCAUACAGCUUACUUGGAAGAGGAAGCUAAGAAACUGAGACUGGUAAACCAGCAGUUGAUUAGGAAAGUGCAGAGGCAAGCUAUUCUUGAAGCAGAAAUCUCGAGGCUUAGAAGCCUUUUGCUCGAUGUUAGAGGGAAGAUUGAUACUGAAUUGGGGGCUUAUCCCUUACAAAAGCAGUGUAUUUCAAGCACUAAAGUUAAAGAAGGGGAUUCUGGGAUGCAAUUUUCUGGUCUGGCAAUGGAGCUUCAGUGUGAGAGUGAUUUAACUUGCUUCCAUCCUCAAGGGGAUUCAUCCAUAGAGGAUGGUGGUUUUGGUGGAUGUGAUAAAAUGGGAGCUUCAUCUUGGGAAGGAAACUGCCAGUCUGCAACUGUUGCUUGUAAAGCUAAUGGACGUGCAGAAAGAAAUGGUAUGGACUCCGUGGAAACAAGGCUUUCAUCUGCAUCUCAAGCAGAGUAA